AUCCGCCAUGAGCUGAGGGAGACUGGGGGUCCCCCCGUUCCUGGGAGCUUCCUAAAUGGACAGUCACCGGGCUUGGCCGCUGCGGGUCCUAGAGCCGGGUCCCUCCGUGGGGCUGGCAGCAAGCUCGCGGUCUGCAGGGCGAGGGGACAGACCGUGGCCGUGGGCACACGCGACCAGGCCCUGGCCGUCCCGGUCUCUCCGUCCCUCCGCGCAGAGCGAGGCCUCGCAGGGCGCCUGCCUGGACAGGAGCUUCUCGUCGGAGGUGGAGGACCUGCGACGCAUGUUCCUGCGGCGUCCGGACUGCCCCCAGUUCUGCUCCCGGGCCACGUCCAUGUCCAGUUACGUGAGGGCCGCCCCCGAGGGCCCCCCGAGAAAACGGCCCGCCUCCAUCGUCGCCUUGCCCGGGGUGGUGUGCCUGAGCCCUGAGGCCUGGAAGAUGCCCAAGGACUCCCCCUCCAGCCAGAAGGGCCUGGACUCGACAGCGGACGAGUCCCUGCUCCCCGUCAGCAAGAGCGCCUGCGAGUUCGGCUACUUGCGGAAGCAGAGCAUGUCCCCGACAAGGAGCCCGGCCACCAGCGGCCUGGUCCUGGGGCAGAGCCAUCUGCGGAAGCGGGUCCCCUGGUACAUCUCGGUCAUCCACGAGAAGGUACCGCCGACCCCGGCCCUGGCGCCCCAGCUCCGCGCCCUGCGGGAGGGGCUGCCCUGCGCGGUGUGCUCCUCCUGGCCUGGAGCUGCUGUCCUCGGGGGGGCGGGGGGCUGGGGGCGAGGGCGAGGGGGCUGUGUGGCACACGGGCUGCCCCCGUUUCCUGCCCAGGACCACUGCCUGUCCGUGCUGGGGGCGGAGGUGCAGCGCCUCUCCGAGCUGGAGGAGCAGGUGCGGCGGAAGGACGAGGAGAUCCUGGCGCUGCAGGGGGAGCGGGAGGCCCUGCGGAAGCAGCUGAGAGACCUCCGCAGGAGCAAGGUCUCGGAGGCGCCCUCGGGCCAGGCCAUGAAGGAGCGGCCCUCCGAGCCCCUGACGAAGCUGUCGGAGCGGCUGAGCUUCCUGCAAACCUGCAUCAGGGACGAGGAGGAGCUGCGGCACUGGAGGCAGAUGCAGGAGGAGUAUGUCAUGGAGCACAGAACCAGGGACCUGGAGGCCCUCGGCGAGGAGGAACAGGGCCGGGAAGGGGAGCCCGAGAGGCUGCCGGAGGAGGGAGCCGAGAAGGAGAGGGUGGAGCUGGAGCUGGACGAGGAGCAGGAGGCCGAGGGCAGGGCGGGCAGCCGCCGGCGGGCCUGCUUCCCGGAGGACGACUUCGAGGAGGAGCUGAUGGCCCAGCUGCAGGAGUACGAGCAGGUGAUCCAGGAGUUCCAGUUCGAGCUGGAGGUCGCCAGGACCAGACUCUCCCUGGCAACAGGAGCCUGCAUCUCUCUGCAACGACAAGUGGACCACCAGGAGGCCCAGCUGCAGAAGGCCAGCAUGGAGAACCAGCUGCUGCAGAAGGAGCUUCGCGAGCGGAAGCAGCAGCUACAGGCCAUGACCGACAAGUUCUCCAACCUCCGGGAGGAGAAGAAGUGGGAGGAGGUGAAGGGGCUCGGCGAGAAGGACAACCUCGCCCUCCGGCAGCGAGUGUGGGAGCUGGAGCAGGAACUGGCGAGCCGCGAUGGCGCCCUGGCCGAGCUGGACGCCAGGGUGGGCCGGCUGCAGGCCCAGGCCGCCCAGAGCCAGAAGCAGCAGCAGGGCUGGCAGCAGCUGCAGGAGGCGACGCGGGACCGGAUGGAGGCCGCGCAGCAGGCCGAGCAGCAGACGCGCGUGGCCCUGGAGAGCGCCCAGUCCCGGCUGGAGCGGCUGAGAAACAAGAUCAUCCAGGCCGCCUUCGGCGCCUUGGGGACCAAGUCCUUGACCACUGAGAUCUCCGACAACGACAUCCUGGAAGCCUUGCAGAAGCUGGUCUUGGAGAGGGCGGAGUACUACAGCCAGCUGAAGCAGAGGGGGUUCAAGGGGCCGGGCCCGCCGCAGUCCGAGCUGACCUCGCAGGGCAAGUCCAAGAAGCUGGCCUCCUCCAAGUAGGCCGGGACGCCGCCCGCGGGCCGGCUCUGAGCUCUGAGUCCCGAUUAAACCCUGUCGCUGGCCUCGGCGGUCACCUUCUCCCCCAGGGGCUCACUCACACCCGGCUGGGCCCGGCGCGGGCUACACCCACACCCCCUUUCCACAACUCACUCUGGGGCCAGCAUACCAGCCAGCACCACCGGCUCCGUCCUGGGGGACCUCACAUGGAACAGGCUCCCCCCCACCUCACUCACGGACCCCACGCACGUCCUUCCUCCCCUGCUGUGCCCCUCUGAAGGCCCUGCCCCCGGGGCCCCCUGCCGGGACUCCUGGUGCCACCGCGAA